CAACUGCGGCUUCAUUAAUUAAAUGGAUUCCGGCAGCCUGCACUCUUCCAGCACCGCCGGCGAUGACGAGUACGAUUCACGCGCCGCCGCCGCCUCCUUUUUCCAGUACGACCCAUUUCCCAACUUCAUAACAACGGCGCCGCCCGUCCACCAAAAUCCAUUUCCGACCACCCUACCCGGAUCCGACCCAAAUCCAGCUCCACCUGAACUCACCAACCCGCCGCCGCGGAAUCCGAGGAAGAGAUCCAGGCCCUCCAGGCGGGCUCCGACCACCGUGAUGACGACGGACACCGCUAAUUUCAGAGCUAUGGUUCAGGAGUUUACUGGGGUUCCAUCCCCGCCGUUGGAUCUGUACGGUUCCAGAUCACUCUUCCAGGCGCCGCAGGAUAUCCUCCGCCGUCCAUUAGCCCGGAAUAAUCCUCAAUCUCCGCCGGCGUUCCUCCAUUCUUCUCCGACCAACAGCAUAAUCUCUUCGAUUUCGUCAACAAUCGGAACUGAUCCAAUCAAUCACCAAUUAUUUCUCCCCCAACAAAACCCUAAAUUUCUCACCUCAAAUCCACCUCCCACGGCUGACUCCAAACCCCAUUCAAUUCAUUCGAGAUCCGACCUGGCGUCCUCGUCACGGCCUCUUGCCUACAAACCCUAAUUUCUUCCCUCAAUCAAAUUCCAGCAGCGGAGAACAACAACAACAACAACAACGAUGAAGGAGAUCGAACCUGCAGGUUCGUCAAUAUUAGUCAAAAAAUGAGGGAGGGAUCUGCUGCAGGCAUGAUGGAACCGUGGAUAUGCUCGUCGUCAGAGUAGGAAUCAUUACUGCAGCGAAACUACUGUGAUGAUUACAAACUUUGAAUUGAAUGCAAAAGCUGAUAUUGUUCAUCUCCUCAUCUUAUCUCAUAUCUUUAACCUUGAUUUUCAUGAUCA